AUGCCUUGGGUUGUACAGGCACAGCAGGAGACUCAGAGCGGUAUAUACACAUUCUCCAGCAGUCCCAGAGCCAUACUGAACCGCAGCAAGUACAGGGAGCCCAUAACCGAGCAAAAUGACAAACAUGCCAAAUAUGGGAAUAUCAUGUAUGACCGACGAGUUGUCAGAGGAAAUACCUACGCCCAGUACAUUCUGCCAGCUACACCCCAGCCUGAUCCCUCAGAGCUGCGCAGACAGCAGGAGGCCAGGAGAAGAGCCAUCGAGAGGAGGAGAACUAAGGAGCAAUUGCGCUUGAGAACUCCGGAGCCAGUGGAAGGGCGGAAACACGCUGAUGUACAGACAGACUUGUACCUCUUGGAGUUGAGUGACAAGAUUGAUGAGUCCAGCGUGGAAUGUCAGACCGAUGCCUUCCUGGACAGGCCGACCACCCCUCUCUUCAUUCCGGUGAAAUCUGGGAAAGAUGUGGCGACACAGAUAGAGGAAGGAGAGCUGUUUGACUUUGACGUGGAGGUGCGGCCCAUGCUGGAGGUGUUGGUGGGGAAGACGGUGGAGCAGGCUCUGCUGGAGGUGAUGGAGGAGGAGGAACUGGCCAUACUCCGUGCGCAGCAGCGUGCCUUUGAGGAGCUGCGCAGUGCAGAGUUGGUGGAGGUGCAGAGGCUGGAGGAGCAGGAGCGUCGGCGCCGGGAGGAAAAGGAGCGGAGAAUCAAACAGCAGAGGGAAGUCCUGCAGAAGGAGAAAGAGGCUGCAGAGAAGAUUGCAGCGCAGGCCUUUGCAAAGCAGUAUUUAUCAAGCUUGCUUCCCCAUGUAUACAAUAUGCUGAGGGACAGCGGAUUUUUCUAUGACCCUGUUGAAAGAGAUGUGGAGACUGGAUUCCUUCCAUGGUUAAUGGCAGAAGUCAACAGUACUUUAGAGAAAAGAUAUGUAGCAAGAACAGUUUUGGAUACUCUCAUUAGAGAUGUCACCCAGCAGAGGCUAGAAGCUUUCCAACAGGUGGAGCACAAGUGAACUCAUUAAAAAUGGUUUUUAUUUGAGCUUUCGUGCUAAAAAUGUGUCUUGUGUUCUCUGCUUCUCAGAGGAGUUGUUUUCAGUGGGUGCUGUUUGGUGUUAUUAGG